UUUUAAAAAACGCGGAGGGACUAAGUUUCAAACUUUUAGAACCGCGGGGACCAAUUAUUUCAUUCCCCCCAACACUUGGUAUUUUUUUCCGCUCUCUCUAAAACUUUCGAACCCUAGCUAAUAACGAAUCUCUCUCCGUCUCUCCUCUGGGUCCUCUCUCUCUCUCUCUCUCUCUCUCCGGCACGGCCUUUUCUCUCUUCGACGGUGACGGACUGACGGUGGUAACUGUGUCCUCAAGAGUCAAGGCUCAAGCAGAGUUCUGGGUUCUUGAAGGCUUGAAGGAUGGUUUCAAUCGAUACUUCGAUUUCAGUUUUUGAUUUCAGAUUCUUGAAGGCUUGAAGGCUGGGUUCGAUUUCGGAUUUCUGGUUGCUUUGCCAUAGGCACAAAGGAUGGCUUCAAAGUAUUCAAUUCUAAUAUAGGGAGACUCUGCUAUGAACGAGCUAUUGGCGCUUUCGCUAUUGUUGAAAUGCUAUUUAGCUCUAGUCUUCUUGCCAUUGUUGGAGCUGGUGAAGAGCCAUCUUUAUCUCCGCGUCGUCACUGUUUGUUCAAUACAACAAGUGGAACUGCUCUUCGAGAAUUGAACUUUUUGACUUCAAUACUUUCCGUUCGUAUGAAUAGGAAAAGGGCCACGAAAGAUGACCAAUCUACGGAAUACCAGAAGCACUUAAUGGAAGAAGAGCAGAAGGUGGAGGUGUUAAAGCUGCGUUUGAAAAUCGAAAAGGAGAGGAACAGAUCACAGGCAAAUGAAAUGGCUUCUCUUAGGGCUGCAAAGGAUGAGGAAAUCAUGGAAUACCGGAAGCUUUUGAUGGAAGAGAAGCAAAAGAGACGAGUUUCAGGGGAGUUAUUCACAUAUGAGUGUGAAACCUGGAUGUUCAUUCUAAUAGGAACUAAAAAUAAAAUAUUUUUAUAGGUUGAAGAAAUUUCGAAGAAUGGAAUGUCUGUGCUCAAAUUCUUGUUGAGAGUUCAGGAUAUCUGAGCUAUCGCCAACCUGCUUUCUAAGAACUAGCCUCUCUGCAUGCAAUUUCUUCAUGUAAUUUUAGAGUAAAGAUAGUAAGUAGAUUGUCUUAGGAAUCUAUAUACAGAAAUUAUCACUUACAGUCAAAAAUAGCUCAACGGAUAGUGUUUGCAGUGGUCUAGUAUAGUAAAAUCACAUUGAGUGAAGAAACAUCUAUUCAUGCUAAAUGUAUUCAACAAUGAUGAGAAUCUGCUUGCCAUUGUGGAACAUUUAAGAUUCCUAUAGUCUACUUAACUCAAGCUUCCACAUCCAUCUUUCAAUACUCAAUUUUACCUAUUAAUGGUUGUAACUUA